CACACCGGAACACAACACGUUUCUCAGAUGUCGAGCUGACGGCGAGUCUUCGCAGAUUUUAUGUUCAGUUUUCUUGGAAAAUGUCGGUGUUUCACGACGAAGUAGAGAUCGAAGACUUUGAAUAUGACGAGGACACGGAGACGUAUUACUUCCCGUGUCCCUGCGGAGACAAGUUCGCCAUAACUAAAGAGGAUCUGGAGAACGGCGAGGAGGUGGCGACGUGUCCGAGCUGCUCGCUCAUCGUUAAAGUCAUCUACGAUCAGGAGUCAUUCAUGUCUGGAGAAACCAUCGAAGCUCCAUCGUUGUCUUCAGAAACCAAACUGGAAUUGGUUCAGUCCUGACCCCCAUCGGGACACGUCAGCUGCGUCUGUGAAUAGUUUUCUGUUACGUUUUGUUUUCUACAUGCUUCAUCACAGCUGGUUGUGGUUUUCCACCCCUUAACGCCCCCCUUCUGCCUCUCCGAAACUCACCGCAGCGGGAUUGGUGCUCCGGGUCCUGGUAGCCGGCAGGACUCAAACCGGACGCUCCACGACCAGCACCAAAACGAACCCACCACGCCACUGAGUCCCCUUCCCUCUGAACCAUCAAGUCUCUACUUUGAAAUUUGAGCCUCUAGAAUCCUCUGAGCCUCAGUAAGGGAUCGAACACCCAACCUCAGAUCCUCCAAGCAGUCCUCACGAGGACUGACCACACGUCCUCAGGACUUCAGAGCACGACUCCACCAUCCUGAGCUGGGAAAUCAGACAGCUGAACCUUAUUUCUUGGUAGUUUUGAGUCCUCCAUCGUGACCAUCUUGUUUAUCCUCAAACAUUGUUUUGAAGUUAACACCCAGAGGACGACUUUAAACCUGGAAAAACGGGGUUCACCUGUCUGAUCUGGUAGCGCAGGAUGUCAGAAGACUGCUUACAAGUUUCGAGGUUGUGAGUUUGAGCCACUCACUCACAUAUUAUUAUACUUAGAGUUGUCUGCAUUAAUAAGCAGACAAACAUUAAUAUGUAUGAUAAUAAACACAUUUUUCUGACGUAAUUUUGUUCUUUUCUUU